AGUAGAGCGGUGUUCUCUGGUAGAGCCGUAGAGCCAGUAGAGCCGGCGCAGGAAUGAAUUGCUGCGUCGUUGGCUGUACUAAUAGGUACAAAAAGUGCCCACCCGGAACGAAGUUCUUCAGCUUCCCGGCGCGGCCGUGCUUCAUACACCAGCGGGAACGCUGGAUUCGCAGCGUGCGCCGUGUGAAUGAAGACGGAACCGCGUGGCAGCCAACAAAGUGGUCUCGAGUCUGCAGUCAACACUUCGUCGGCGGAAAGCCAUCGACGGAUCCUGCUUCUCCAUCGUACGCUCCUGCUGUUUUCCCGCCGGCUUACCGGGAUACUUCGUUCAUUGCCGAGGACAAGAGGUCUCGCUUUGAGAGGUGGAGAAAAAGGAGUCGCCUUCCAGGCACCCUGUCAGACCCAGGCAGCAUCAUUUUGCAUAUUGAUGUAGGUGAAGAUGAGUCUGUAAGCAGCACCAUUUCGCCGUGUGAUUGGAAUGAAGAGCUCGGAUCAAUACCAGAUACCCCACCACUGGGUGACGAAAAUGAAUUGUCAACGCAUGAGGUUUCAACGCAGGCAGAUGAAGGCAGCCCUCACGUGCCAGCAAUGUUCGUUUCGCUGAGCUGCUUACUUGACAGUUGUGCCUCUGAGGCUUCCAUACAGUGCAGUCACAUCCCCAUGCCUCAAAGUGAAUUCUGUGACGAGGCACCAAUAAAGUAAAUGUGAACCAGA